CAGUGUCGAACACUAAUUUAUAGCAGCAGCAGCCGCUGCAGCACCCUUUUCCUAAUUCCGGCCACCGCUCGACAUCAUCAGAAUUUCAGCCAUGGGAUUCAUAUGGGCAUAGCUGUCCUUAUCUACAAGCUCACAAAGGAGAAGACUUGCGCUGGAGCUAACGGGUUUUUUUCUGGUCGUGCGAUUGUAUUGUAUUGUAGUUUUGUAAUGGAGUUUGAUCUUCACACAAUACUCGAUUCAGCUGUCAAUCUUAGGCCCACUUAUAUGGAAGAUGAAGACAAUUUUGCUAUCUACUACGUUGUGAUCCCAUGUGCUGUUGUAUCUAUCCUCAUUCACCCGUCAACACGUCACCACAUCAUAAACAGGCUCAUUUGGGCAUUAUGUGUUUAUCUUGAAGCUGUUUCAGUUCUUCCUCAAUUAAGUGUCAUGCAGAACACCAAGGUGUUGGAUUUGAGAGGACGAUUACUGACUGCAUUAGGAUAUGGACUAUGGCCUUUAAUGGCCCUUCUCUGUGAAAUCAUCCAAACCUUCGUUCUUGCAGAUUUCUGCUAUUACUAUGUUCAGAGUUUAAUGGGUGGACAGCUCGUUCUUAGUCUCCCAUCAGGCGUGGUG